UGCGCAGGCGCAACGCGCCCGCGGGUGGGAGGAGCUGGUCGGGAUGAGUGGUGGAGGGACGGAGACCUUUGUGGGUUAUGAGGCCGCCACGAGCGGCGGCGACAAGAAGAGGGACUCCUUAGGGACUACAGGCUCGCCAGCGCACCUCAUUAUCAAGGAUCUUGGAGAAAUUCAUUCAAGGCUUUUAGAUCACAGACCAGUUAUUCAAGGUGAAACCCGUUAUUUUGUGAAAGAAUUUGAAGAAAAACGUGGACUUCGAGAAAUGCGAGUUCUUGAAAAUUUGAAGAAUAUGAUCCGUGAAACAAAUGAACAUGCAAUUCCUAAAUGUAGAGAAACGAUGCAGGACAACUUAGACCAAGUUCUCCAGAGAUUGCACGCAGCUACUGACUCAGUCUGUAGACUCCAACAGAGGGAGCAGGAACGAAAAAAGAUUCAUAAUGACCAUUUAAUAGCUAGUGAAAAACAGCAUAUAAUCCAGUGGGAGGAUUUCAUGAAAGAACAACACAAUAAACAGGCUGAAGUGGAUGAAGAGCACAGAAAAGCCGUGGAGAGGCUUAAAGAACAAUAUGCCGAGAUGGAGAAGGACCUAGCAAAAUUUUCAACCUUUUAAGAAACUUGAAGCCCAACAAUGACAGACUAAUCAGAAAACAUUGACUACUCCCAAAAAACUAUGCUCACCAAACCAUUUAGCCUCUGCUUCAAGCUUAGCAAUAUAUUCAAUGGCACUCUCACUUCAGAAGAAAGAAGCUUCUACUGGAGUCUUAAUUAAAUGUUUAAUAAAAGAAGAGUGCUACAUCUUUCCAGUUUUAAGUGCCUAUAUAUGAUUAUUUGAAUGGGGAGGAGUAGGAGGAAAAAUGGGAUAAAUGUAUUCUUUGUUAAUCAGAAUUGGUCUUCUUUCCAUUGAUUAUCUCAGAGAACUGUAAGUGUAAACUUGUUAAAGAGAAAAAUAAUUUAAUUCGUUCUUUUACAGGGUUAAUACUAGUUUAUUAUUGUGGCUUAGAAGGCAGAUAUAAUAGCUGCCUGUCAUGGCCGCCUCGGCUAUUGGAAGAAUGUGUAAAGUGUUAUUCCAUGAGUAAUGUAGACAGCAAUGACUGUCCUGGGAACAAAGAUCACAUUUAAGAGAGGCAGGAGUCCAACCCUGUCUCCCCUGCGGCAGAGAUGGCCGUGCUGCUGGUGGACCUGCCCGUUGGGAAGCUUACCGGUUUUGCAGUGCAGCAUAAUGCCGUGUGUUUCACUGGGUGACAAGACACACGGUGAAUUCUGUGGCCUUCCAGCACUUAAUAUGUUCAGCUUUUAAAACAUGCUUAGAAGGAAAAGCUUACCAAAAAUAUAGUUGACUUUGAGCCUUUCCAAGAACCAUAAUCUUGCCCAUAGUAUUUACCUCAUUUUUGUGUCUGUUUGGCUGUGGGUAAGCUUUGUAAGAUAAAUAAUGUCUAUAUAUAUUUCAACUGUUUAAUGAGUAAUCAGCACAAUCUGCCAAGGGGUCCCUCUGGAGCUAUAUAAAGAUUCUGGCUCUGAAUAAACCAGAAGUAUUUGCCCACAUGGCAAAUGAUCCAUGUUAAAUGUAAAUCCUUUUUAGUGUUUAACGUCUGUUCUUAUAAGCAGGUGUAUUAUGAUGAAACAUGUACCAAUUCUGUCAUCACUGUGAUCUUUAAAAAUCUGCAUUUAACAAGUCUAAUUGAGGAACUAAGUUAAUUUUUUAUUUACCAUUAACCAGGCAAAGUUAAAUGCAAUAAUUUCAAGAGAUUUAUGGCAAAUGAAUUUGAGGUAUAGAUAAAUCUUUCAAAUAUUUUUUACUGCUCUUCAGUAAAGAAAGGCACAAGAAAGAAAAUACUCAACUCUCUCAUGUUAUCUCAGUGUUGCUACUGCAGAAAAGUGACAAUGCUUGCUUGUGUAAAUUUAUGGCUUACUGUCAAAGCUUCAUUCUUGGCUGCAUGUUGAAAAUGUGAUUAAAGUUAAUAGAGGAGAUGAAAUAA